AUGUACAGUCAUAUUAACAGCUCGUACACGUGGAAAAGAGAUGGUUCUGUGAUUGUUGUUGGUAUGGGAUUUUCAUUGCUCAUUGAUGGUGUGCUGCACAUACAAAACGUGACUGAACAAGACAGCGGGCAAUAUGAAUGCACUAUUACCGCAACAUUUUCAUCACUUGGCGUUCAAACCAGAAAAGUGCCAUGGAGUGUUACAGUAUACAGUUUACCGCGUGUUACUCUAUCUCUAUCUCAACUAAACGACACACGCACUGAACAAGUCUGCAACACAACCAACCUUGUUGUUCCCUGCAUCCUAAAUCAUCUCCCAACUACAGUAAAGUGUCAAGCAAAAGGAUCUUUUCCUAUGUUGAUUCAACUAUUUCGCAACGCCCAGUUGCUGUUAAAGCAAAACGUGACGAAUGCCAAUCAUGCUGUGCAGCACACAAUUUCAUCUCCUCGUUCAGGAAUCUAUCAAUGUAUCGCUAGAAAUGAGUAUGGCAGUAAACAAUCAUCACUCUACGCAACAGUAUCAGUUGUUGUUCUAACUGCUUCUGCUACAAGGCGCUCAUCAACAACCGCAGCUACAUCUCCAUCGAUGCCACAGUCUACUGACUACGUGACUACAUCACAGUCAACUCCUCGAGCAUCAAGUACGUCAACUAGUUUCUCAUAUUCGUCUCAACUUACGAAUGCAACAUCUCAUAAUGUGCAAUCUACUUCUGGAACGAAGACUCCUAGAGUUACUAGUGCUCCAGUUACCAUCACACAAGCUAAUGCGUCAUCCAUGUCUCUAUCCAGUAGUUCUUCGACUCUCAACCUUUCUACCACUUGGACACUACGCAUCAGCUCGUCUUCUCAACGAUCAGAUCUUAUACCAACGACAUCAACCGUUUUGGCAACGUCUCAAACCGCAUCACCUCCAUUCCAUCAUACAAACACUCUUUCCUCAUCAGAUGCAGCAAAGCCGCCUGUUGGAAAAGUGACGAGUGCAGCAACUAGUGGAGACGCAAGUAAAAGUAAGAAUAGGCCAAAAGCAACAAAAGCAACGACACCAACGGGUCUUUGCUAUCUCUAG